CACCAACUAGCUGUUCUACCCUAUGACGCAAAGUUCAGUACAACAGUUGCUAGACCAGAGGACUUUGUGGCAUCCUUCCAAUCGGCACUUCAGAAAUACGAGGCAAAUGAGGAGUGCAAGAAUGCUAUGCGACAACUUUACUCCUUCAGCGCAAAGGCCAAACAACCAUUUCCAAAGCGGGAGAGCGAGAACUUCUGAGUAUAAGAAAAAUGAAGGAUAUCAUCAUGUUGCCCGCCGAUAA